AUGGCGUCCUACGAGAUGAAGAACCGGGCUAGCUCGGCUAAUCAUGAGAUGUUGGAUAUGGAUUCGCGUGAUGCCCGUGAUAAUGCGGCCCUGGCUCGGUUGGGCAAGAAGCCGGUUUUGAAGCGGAACUUUGGCAUUCUUUCGAUUAUUGGUCUGAGUUGUACCAUUCUUGGUACUUGGGAGGGGAUUUUAUCGACCUUCACGAUCCCUCUCGAAAAUGGUGGAUCGGCUGGUGCGGUGUACUCGUUUAUCUUUGCGUGGACGGGAACGGCAUGUAGCUUUGUGUUGCUGUCCGAGAUGGCGUCCAUGGCGCCGACCUCCGGAGGUCAAUACCAUUGGUGUGCUAUGCUUGCGCCUCCCCGGUAUAUGAAGUUCUUGAGUUAUAUCACAGGAUGGUUAACGGUCAUCGGAUGGCAAGCCGCCUUCGCAUCAUCGUCCUACAUGGCUGGAACGGAGAUCCAGGGCGCAAUCAUCCUCGGACGCAGCGCCUACAACGCGCUGCCAUACCAAGGCACCCUUCUGAUGUGGGCCGUCGUACUGGUCGCCCUCGGAGUCAACACCAUCGGAGGAAAAUUCCUCCCUCGUCUGGAAACCCUCAUCCUCGUGAUCCACAUCCUGGGAUACUUUGGCGUGCUCAUCCCUAUGACCUACAUGGCCGACCACAAGUCGACCCGGGAGGUUUUUACCGAGUUCACCAACGGCGGAAACCUCUACACCGACGGUCUAUCCUUCUUCGUCGGCAUGACCGGUUGUGUCUUUGCCUUUGCUGGUGGUGAUGCCGCCGUGCACAUGGCCGAAGAAGUCAACCACGCCACCAUAGUCAUCCCCCGGGCCAUCCUCCUCAGUGUCGCCAUCAACGGCACCCUAGGAUUCACCAUGCUAAUCGCCACCCUCUUCUGCAUGGGCAGCGUCGAAAACGCAUUGAAAACCAACACCGGCUAUCCCUUCAUGGAAAUCUUUAAACAAGCCACGGGCACCGUCUCCGGCGCACUCGGCCUGUCCUCCAUCCUCGUCAUCGUCGGUAUCUGCGCCGCCCUGGCCAUGUUAACCGCCACCUCUCGCCAAUUCUGGUCUUUUGCCCGUGACCGCGGCGUUCCCGGCUGGCGCAUCUGGAGCCAUGUCUCCAACCGCACCUUCCUCCCCACCUACUCCAUCUUCCUCACCAUGACCAUCUGCUGCCUGUUAGGCCUCAUCAACAUCGGCUCCAGCGUGGCCCUCAACGACGUCGUCUCCAUGGCCGUCUCCGGUCUCUACUCCUCGUACCUGAUCGUCGCCGUUCUCCUCCUCUGGCGUCGUACCUCCGGUUCCAUCUCCAACCACAACGAGAGCGACGACUCCGUGGUGAAUGUCCCCGGCGCGAAGCUCAUGUGGGGCCCCUUCCGGGUCCCUGGUAUCUGGGGUAUUCUGAUUAAUACGUAUGCGAUUAUUUAUAUCGUGAUCGUGAUCUUCUUUAGUUAUUGGCCCACCGAGUUGCCGGUUUCCGUGGAGAAUAUGAAUUAUAGUGUGGUGGGGACACUCGGGACGGUUAUUUUGGCGAUUGUUUAUUAUGUACUUAGGGCGAGGCAUGUUUAUACGGGGCCGGUGGUGGAGUUGGAUUGA